UUCGUCCGGUGGAUCUCGUUGAAUUGACGUGCGCUAUGCAUUUUCACAUUCUACACUGAACCUCAGCGCAGGCUACAACGGCGAUUUAAAGGGAUCUUUGUUUUGCUCAUCUUUGGUAGACUAUUUCCCUUCACGGAGCGGUCGAACCUCAGAGGUUUGAGGAGAGAGAGAUUUGGAAGGGAUCACUAAAGGACAGGCUGUUCACAGAUGAAUACAUAUUAAAAACAAGACAUCGUAGGCCGUCCAUUUUGUCACGGGAGGAUGUUGAGGGAUGGACUGCUGAGAUAAAUACGAGAUUUAAGCUUUUGGAAAUGGAACCAUUCGGAAAUAUUCAAGGAUAUUAAUCACAUUUUGGCAGAAAGAUGAAAGGACGAUGACAAUUUCAGCAUACAAGUCACAUCUCACUUAAUGUUUGUCACCGAUCUACAAUCUGGAAAUUGGAACUGGAAAAAGAUGACCCAGAAAUCAUGAUCCUAUAUCUAUCGUGGCUCUUGUAGCAGUAUAGAGAAUCCUAUAGGAUAAUGGAAUACCUUGCAAGAACAAUGACCUGAUUUUAUCUAUCCAAGUGCAGAGCAGUUGAUUUUUAAUUGAACGCACCUUUAUUUGUUAGAAUAAUUUCACUGAUUCCCUCUGUUUUGAUCAUAAUUGCUGAAAUGGCAUAAGAUGAAUGUCCUUGUUUGUUUGUAACGUGAUUUACAGCUACAGGACCUCAUUCGGGUUUUUUAAAACAGUGGAAUAAGCUAUUCGUUUCGUGCGGCAUCCAGCAGCACACCGAAAAUACCGGAUUUCUGUCAUCUGUAGCCUAGCACAGAGCCAUCACACCUGACUGGCCUACACAGGAACAUAAGCAGCCGAUGAAUAUGGCCUCCCCACAGACCGUGUGAUGUAGUGUUCGGAUUGCAUUGAACAGGAGCAUCUCUGGACAAAAAAAAGAAAGAAAAUUGUAGCGUAUUUGAGGUCUCGUGGAACUGGACCCAGAGGAUACAACAGUCCUAUCCAGGAAAAAUCCCAGCUGAAUUGUGUACGCGUUUGUUUGUGCUCCGUCCCUUUAAUCACGACGGUUACAGUUAAUUGUCUGUCAAAUGCUGGGGCACCAGCUACCUAGCUGUUGCUGGUCCAUCACCGGCGUAAAGGAAGACCAUGCCUAUUGCUUUUGACAUCAUAUGAAACUGUGGGUGGUGUUUUACUAGUCUACAUCCACAAGGGCACUUCAUUUGUUUGUUAAAUCCAUAAUCGCCGUCCACGUUUGCACGAAGUCGCAUCUGACAGCUCAGGGAUUGAUGACAAGCCGAAGACAAUAUCGGUCCUCCGAUGAAUUCUUUUGGACAAAGUCUGGUUCAGAUACGCGACAGUUAACAGGAAUUCGACACGUUCCAAGUCCACAGUCUGUGGGGUUUCUGCUGUUUCGCUCAAAAUGUGGAGAGAGGGAUCGUAAAAGAGCUCCAGAUUGCAUCAAGAUUUGUCAGGAAAAAGACGAGGAAGAGGCUAUGAAUCCUAGAUGAUGAUGAUGAUGCUCGAUACUCAGAAUGCGACCCAGGAGAUAGGCGAGGAGGUGGAGGAUGGCGCGGUCUUCACCAUCACCCUGCGGAAGGUGCAGAUGCACCACGCGGCCAGCAAGGGUCAGCGCUGGCUGGGCGUGGAGUCGGAGGCGGCGCUCAGCCUGUACGAGACGUGCAAGGUGCGCACCAUCAAGGCCGGCACGCUGGAGCGGCUGGUGGAGUACAUGGUGACGGCCUUCCGCGGCAACGACUCCACCUACGUCACCAUCUUCCUGUGCACGUACCGCUCCUUCGCCACCACGCGACAGGUGCUGGACCUGCUGCUCAACAGGUAUGCCAAGCUGCAGCAUCUACCAGGCUCUGAGGGGUACAGACUCACCCACGACGAGCGCACAGAGCGGAGAAACACCAUCUCCUCCAUCCUGGGGGCGUGGCUGGACCAGUACUCGGAGGACUUCUGGAAGCCUCCAGACUACAGUUCCCUGCGGCAGCUGCUCUCCUACCUGCACCUGAACUUCCCCGGCUCCGACCUGGAGCGCCGCGCCUGCAACCUGCUGGCCCAGUUCCACCGCCGCCACCACCAGGAGCCCGACCACGAGGUGCUUGAUCACGCCCCGUGCACUUUCACCCUCCUGGAGGAGAACGGCUACGACUACGACCGGCCCGACUUCCUCAGCUUCGACCCCGUGGUGGUGGCGGAGCAGUUCACGCUCAUGGACGCGGAGCUCUUUAAGAAGGUGGUGCCCUACCACUGCCUGGGCAGCAUCUGGUCCCAGCGGGACAAGAAGGGCAAAGAGCACCUGGCGCCCACCAUCCGGGCCACCGUGGCCCAGUUCAACUGCGUCACCCACUGUGUGAUCGCCACCUGCCUGAGUGACCGCACGCUCAAGCCCACGCAGCGCGCCAAGGUGGUGGAGCGCUGGAUCGAGGUGGCCAGGGAGUGCCGGAUCCUGAAGAACUUCUCGUCCCUGAGGGCCAUCCUGUCGGCGCUCCAGUGCAACCCGGUGCACCGGCUCAAGAGGACGUGGGACGAGGUGUCCAGGGAGAAUUUCCGCAUCUUCCACGAACUCUCAGAAAUCUUCUCUGAUGAGAACAACCACUCGCUGAGCCGGGAACUCCUCAUCAAGGAGGGCACGUCCAAGUUUGCCACUCUGGAGAUCAACCCCAAGCGUGCGCAGAAGAGACAGCAGCAGCAGAGGGACCUGAGUGUGAUGCAGGGGACCAUUCCCUACCUGGGCACGUUCCUCACAGAUCUGGUGAUGAUGGACACUGCCAUGAAGGACUACCUGGACGGGAAUCUCAUCAACUUUGAGAAGAGAAGAAAGGAGUUUGAAGUGAUAGCUCAGAUUAAGCUGCUGCAGCUGGCCUGUAACAACUACAACUUCACCAGGAACGCCCGCUUCACCGAGUGGUUCUCAGGGGUGGAGAAGCUUACAGAGGCCGAGAGUUACAGCCAGUCCUGUGAGAUCGAGCCCUUGUCUGAGUCGGCCUCUAACACUCUGAAGGCCAAGAAGAACACAGGCAUCAUCAAACGCUGGAGCGAUCGUCAGCCGGCGGGGUCGGAGGCGGGCUGCAGCAGUGCGGGCAGCUCUCACUCCAAGUCCUUUGACCAGCUGCGUUACGCGCCGUCUCUGGGCGGCUCGUCGGGCAGUGGCGGCGGAGGCGACGGGGGCGACUCGCUGAGCGUGACCUCGGCCGGCUCCAGCAGCUCGGACGUGGAGGAGAUCAACAUCAGCUUCAUCUCCGACUCACCUGAGUCCCACGAGAAAAAGACCUCCACGCCCUCCGUAAAACAUUCCAAUUCUACCUUAGGGAAGUGCGGCCCCAUAGCUGACCUGGCACCCACGUUCUGGGAGUCCACCUCUCUGUCAUCUCUGGACGCCUCUGGGAUGGGCUCGGGCUCGGGCUCCAGCAGCGCCUCCUCCUCGUCCGUGUCGUCCACCCCGGUGACGGCGUCCCGCUCGCACAAGCGCUCGGUCUCCGGCGUGUCCAGCUACUCCUCGCUCUCGCUGCCCCUCUACAACCAGCAGGUGGACGACUGCUGCAUCAUCCGCGUCAGCCUGGACGUGGACAACGGCAACUUGUACAAGAGCAUCCUGGUAACAAGUCAGGAUAAGACCCCAGCGGUCAUCAGGAAGGCCAUGGUCAAACACAACCUGGACCGUGAGCGACCAGAGGACUAUGAACUGCUGCAGAAGAUCUCAGAGGAGAAGGAGCUGAAGAUCCCGGACAAUGCCAACGUCUUCUACGCCAUGAACUCCUCCGCCAACUACGACUUUGUGCUGAAGAAGCGCGGCUUCCCGCGCGCGGGCCGGACCAAACACGUGGCCAGCUCCACGCUGCCGCGCAUGAAGCAGAAGGGCCUGAAGAUCGCCAAGGGCAUCUUCUGAAGCGCUCGCACUGACCUGGGAACAGGCCAACUCUGCGUUUGCUCUCUUCUCUCCUUUUUGGUGACGCCUGCUAGCUCUCUGGCGGGUUGCCUUUUGUCGGUGAAAGGGGGAACGGGGGUUGUUGGUUCCCCCGAGACCCCCCCCACCCAGUUGUUUUCGUUCGGUUGGUGGGGGCUGGUCACCAGCUGACAUGAAAGCACUUGCUCCCCCUCAUCUACAGCUGACUGGACUGCUCCCGUGCAGUAGACGGGCGAGCACUUAACUGAACCCGUGCGUUUGGAUGAAAGGGUUAAUGUUUACAGCGCCGAACGCCCCCCAGCAAGCUUAACAAAUGCCAACGUUCCUCUGGCCAAACGCUCAUCCACUUCCUGCCAAGAUGUCAUCACCUCUGGUCCGGCUCUAGCCUUCAUUCGCCCCUGUGAGCUUCUGGAGGAAGCCCUGUAUACUGUCCAAUCAUGAUGUCUGUUGGACAGCUUAGCAAAGAAGAGGAGAGAGAGAGAGAGAGAGAGAGAGAGAGAGAGAGAGAGAGAGAGAGAGAGAGAGAGAAAGAGAGAGAGAGAGAAAGGACUAUGGCACAAUGACUGCAUAAUGUGCCUUCCGUAUUGCUGAGUUGGCAGAGUACUGCCGUUUGGAGCAGUGCUCCCGCAGAACUCCUCAGACAGGUAGCGUUGGGACGGAGCGGAGCGGAGCGGGCUACCAGAGGAAGCUGAAGGACCCUAACGUGACCACUCGAUCCCUGUGAAGAUCAGACGUGGCCAAGAGACGCCACCUGAAGGACAUACUGUAAACACAGACCCUUUAACUGUGGCCGCCUCUUCACUAGAGAGUCAAACACACACACACACAGACACGCACGCACAUGCGCGCACACACACACACACACACACACACACACUCCAGAGUAUCCCUUUUCACUGUCAAUGGGAUAUCCAUGUUCGAGUUUGUUAGACUUUUAAGAAAAAUGGGGCAUUAGGACUAAAUCUUUCCUAUAACACUCAGAUCCUUUACUCGUAUGGUUUUCGCAUCCCCUUCUCUCCAAGUGGUGCUAACAACGUCCAGACACUACAGGCUGUCUGCUCUCCCCCACCUCCCCUUCUCCUGGCUCCAGCAUGAAGGACUGCAAGUGUCAUGGACUCAAAAUCUCAUGGACAGUGUGGCCACCUCAAGCAGGAGGAACGGGAAAGAAGCAGUUACCAGGAAAUGCGCAGUGAUGAUGGCUGCAUGUCUUGAGGUGGCGGGAGGAAAAGAGGCUUGUUGGCCAUGGGAGUGCAUUUAUUAUGGUCAUGGUUGGUGUUGCGAAGUGUUCUGUUGUGGUGUUAAUGGGGGCUCAAUGAUAAUGGCGGCUAAUCAUGGAACAGCAAUGUUUCUAACUUUUAUAACAUGGUGGUUGACCAUUUUACUAUGAUUGUACCCACCGCUUUUUUUUGACCCUGCUUGCGCUCUUUGUUUUAAAAAAAAAAAAGAGCAGGGCAUUCUGCUUGCUACAAGAAAAAAAAAGCCUUGUGUUGCCAUGGUUACCAUUCAUUUCUAGUUCUACAGAAUGUUGGCUGGACCUCUCUUGCCAUUGGAUGGAUCCCUAGGGUGCCAGAACUGCAUGCCAUUGGCUGGCGUGACAGUGACAGAUGAACACAGCGUACAGCAGGAAGCGAUGGAGUGAAGAAGUGGGAGAAAGUUACAGUGAAAGUGACAGAAUGAGAGAGAGAGAGAGUGAGCGAGAGAGAGACAGAAAGAGAGAGAGGAGGGGAGUCUAAUGAAUGUUGUAUUGUGAAAUGAAUUGUGAUUUUUUUCCUUCACUAUUUUAGUAUAGUUAUUACUGUCGAAAAAAAAGAAACAAAAACAAAAAAAGGAGCGGACAAUCUCCCCUGUCUGUCUUUUCUGUCCUCUCUCUUUUCUCCGACCAUCUCUUCUUCCUCUCCUUCACACCCUCUGUUAUUCUGUUAUUCUCUCUUCUCUCCAACCAUCUCUUCUUUCUCUCUUUCACACCUUCUGUUAUUCUGUUUCACUCCAUCUGCUGAUAGUCCAUCCAACACACAGCGCAUGUACUGUACAUACAUUCACCACCUUCUCCCAGAACCUGAUGGUUUUUGCCUAUAGAAAGGAACGGCAAGUGAAGAGGAGGUUUGACUUCCCUUACCAGAUCCAGUGCACCCGUGCCAAAGAUCAAGUAGGGCGAUGAACACUUGUACCUUUCUCAUAGUCAGUUGUCUUGUAGUUGAAUGGUCGUUGACGUGUCCCCAUCUUUGUCCAUAUUGUCAUGGACUGGACAUUGAAUGAAUUUCCCUAAGGCCUGUGAGUGAUUGCCAAUGACCCUGACAUGAAUGACCCUGCCAUGUCAGUCCUAUGCCCGAUGGCAGCUGAUGUCUGUGUGACCCGGAUCUGUGCCAGGCUUGGCUGGGUCUAUUCUACAGUUAGCUGCCAUCUUGAGACCCUUUUAUGUAUGAGGACUUCCUCAAAACCAAACCCUGUCCAUUGGUUUACCCCCUGUGUGGAGGGUAACAUUAUGCAGCACUGUGUAUCCAUUAGCUGUCCUGUGUGCCUGACCAGACAUAGACGUGUGUGUGAGUGCGGUAGAAGGAAUAGAAGAAGAAGAGUAGAGACGAAGAGGCACUGACCUGUGGAACACCCCCCCACCCCCCACAGGUGUUCUGCAGUAUGUAGGAGGUUAGACCUGUCUGGGUAGGUGAGAAUGUCGCUUUUAAACUGUUCUGGUAGGUAGAUGUAAGGUGCACUAUAUGACAGCAGUGUGUAAGUCAAGUACACAAGUGAGACUUUUUUUACUUGUGAUGCCUUUACCUGCCGCCCGUGCUUUUCUCUUGAGUGACCGGGGAGGGGGCGGGGGGGUUUAAUUUCCCAGAAUACCCCUCUCCCUCAGGGGAAUGGACGUUGAUGAUGAGGUUGGAUUGUUUUGGAUGUGUUACUGUUUCCAAAUUUCAGACGUGUCGUGUAUUUCGUUCCCUUUGAUGUUUUAACUGUACAGGUGUGUGUGUGUGUGUGUGUGUGUGUGUGCACGUGUGUAUGUGCCUAUGUGUGUGUGUGUGUGUGUAUUGUCUGUGCAUCUGUGUGUGUGUUUGUGCGUCCCGGUAAGCGAAAAUGGAAAGGGCCAAAGAUCUCACCCGAUCAUUCUGGAAAGCUUUGCGCUCACGAGCACUGCCUGAUCAGGAAGUCCCUUUGGGCCUCACAGAAAAAUCAGUCAACAGAAUCUGGUGCCAUCACUCUUUCACUGUUGAGAAAAUGGAAAGAAAAAAGAAAAAAAAACACUUUCUAACAAUUAACAGUUCUUUUUUUCUAUGUUCAUUUUGUAUUUUUUGUAUGAUCUGAGAUUAAAUGUACUUUGUACCUUUGCUUUUAAUUUUUCUUUCGUAUGAGCGGCGAGUGUAUGUGUGCAUGUGUGUGUGCGUGUGUGGGUGUGAGGGUGUGCGUGCGAGUGUAUGUGUGUGUGCGUGUGUGCAUGUCAGCUUUAUUUAUUGAUUUGUAAAUACCUUUUGUAGCAUUGUACAUUUUGUUUCUUCUCCCAUGUAAUUAAAAUUAAUAUAUAUGUAAAUAUAAAUAUAUAUAUGCGAAGUUUAUACCACUGUAAUUGUGGGUUCACAUGUUUCCCAUCUCCUUGUUGCCGUUCUUUCUCUGUUUGUCCUGUCUUUUCUGAAGGGUCAAUUUUGAUAUUGCUUUGCCCCCUGAAGCGCUGUUUCUAAUGUUGGACAAAAAUCCCACCUAAUAAACACAGACAGUGUGAUUAA